CCUGCCCUUCCCCACCGACCCCAUCGACAUCGCAAUCGACAGGACGGCCACGCGCGCCCGAGCUCCGUCACCCGACCCCGUUUUGCCAAACUGAGCUGUCGAUUUCUCUUUCGCGCACAAUGAACGGAUCGCAACACGCGAACGACACGUUGGCGCAAAGGUCGCCGCAAGGCGCAUCGACCCCGGCUGCUGCGCCCGCCAACGGCAACUCGGCAAUAAAUAAGAAGAGGAAGAAGGACGGCCUGAAACCUAUCAUCACAACAGAAGGUCCUGGCUCGGGCGCAUGGGUAUGGAGAAUCCCCCCCAGUUCCAAAGGGGGGAAACGAGCCUGCAGAUAUUUUGGGCUUGUGUGUUUGUGGCUCAAGUGAGCCUGGGCGCUUUUCACCUUGCACUACCCCCCGAAUUCUCCCCUCUCCUUACCGCUUCCCGACUCCUCCCGCACCAGGGGGCCCAGAUACAUCGAAC